AUGGCGCUCGUGCUGACGGAGGAGCAGAACUCCGAGCUGCUGCACGCCAAGCAGCAGGCUGCGCUGAUGCGGAGCAUGAUGGGAACGAGCAGCCUGGGAUCACAGGCCACGCCUACGACCCCGCCGCCAGCCACGACACUCCCUUCGACUGCAAUGCCGCCGCAACAAGGUAUGGACACCAGCCAGAGGGAGAACAAGCGCGGCACGACAGACCAGGAGGAGGAGGAUCAAACGGGCAAGGGCCCGAAGUGGCGCAAGGGCCAGCCCAAGGGCGGAACCUCCUACGGUGGUUCGGGAAGCGGCGGCUGGGGCCGCAAGCAGGACUGGUGGGGCGGAGGCCAGGACAAGCACCAGAGCCAGAACUACUCCGACGAGCUCAAGGCUCUGUGCUGCUCCAUGGCGCGAUUGAUGUUGCGCCACGAGGAUCAACAUGCGAUCGACCGAUCCGAAAAGGGAUUCAUCCUCUUUUGCCAGGCGAAGGGGCUUUUGUCAGUGGUUCCAGACCUCAAGAAAACCAUAGAGGUAUGGAACUACCAGAAGGAGAACUCGCCGGAAAGCAUGACGCUUCCACUCCGAUCUGCCAUGUUACGCCAGCUAUUGGAAAUCUGGCACACCCGCCUGGAUGCAAUCUCCAAUACGGAAGGAAGCAUGGCCCAAGCCAGGGAGAUGCUCAUAUUGGAUACCAGCGGCAGGGUGCCCUACCUCCAGUACAACCGCGAGAGCAAAGAGAUGGAGAUCAAGGCCGACCAGGAUCCCAUGACGCUGGCGAUUGCCCUGGAUAUAGUCAAGGAGCUCUCGGACCUCGUUCCAUGCAGCGCGGAAGAGGGCCCUCCAAACCCAGGGGAGAUUGUCCCGAUGAUGCUGGAGGUUGGCCUUCGGACGAAAGAAGCGGAUCGAGCUUGGGAGCUGUUUGCCCGCUUGGCUCACAGCGGAGCCUGCAGAGCAGUGGCUCUUACAAUGCGCCAAGAACGCCUCGGCCGAUCUGCUUUGGCGCAGAAUAUCCAGAAGAUGCUGGAAAAUCUGUACGGGGCCUACGCUUAG